AAUAUGAUCGAGUUCGGUGAUUAACGAUCUGGUCGCGAUUCCGAUUCUAACUGAAUUCAACCAUGCAGCUGGCGCAUCAACUGUUAAGCAGCGCAAUCCCAAUGUUCGCAAACGUUGUGAUCUUGUUCUACGUUUGUCAACGCUUUUUAGCAGCGACGAGAUUGCGACGCAAGAUCAUGACGGAGAUGAGGGAGUUCACCACGAUCGUUCGCAGAGCACGCGAUAACGUCCAAUACAUCGGCGAACAGGUGGCCAAAGGAAUGGACGAGAUCAAAGAAGACGUGGGGAAGGAACUGCGAGUUACCGAUCGGUUGACCACGCAGAGUUCGAAAUUGGCCGCGGUGCUGCAACGAUUUACCGCCCUCGAAGAGAACGUGAUCGAGAUGCUGCGUAUGGAACGAAACAGGGAGAGCGUGAGGAUCGAGACGCCGGUGGACGUGAGAGAAGAGAUCAAGAGGGUCCUCGCGAUGGUUGAGAAAAAAGAAAAGAAGGAAAAAGGAGAGUGGGAAAAGCAAGAAGAGAAAGCCGAAUGGUCGGAGGAAUCGAAGUUGAGGAACGGCGGCAAAGCGGAAGCCGACGGUCGCUCUAGUUUCCCGGGUCGAAUCACUCAGCGGAAUCCUCUAUCGAAAUUUUCGACGUGCGGUCCUCGAGAAAUUGGCACCGCUUCCCGGAGAACGAUCGACGGCCGGUCUCGAACUUCCACGAUGCCUGAGGUUCGACUUCUCGGGGAACAUGCGAAAUAGUAAUCGCGAUGGAAAAAUAAAUCGUCCUUCUGUUCGAGGAAAAUUUGGGUCCCUUUAUGAGGAACGAUAAGGUGUAGCGAUGGAGAGGAUAAGAGAGAAACGAUGAAAGAGAAGAGGUCCUCUUCUAGCCGUGGAGCUGCAUAGAAUGCAUCCUGCUUGGCCUGUUGGUCCUGCUGGUCAGGUAGUCGACCAGUCCUUUCACGAAUCCGUCCCAAUCGACAGGAUCGAUCUCGUCCAGGUUGCGUUUGAAAAAGUUGUCGAAAGCCGUCCGAUCGAUCUCGUCGAUGUUCCGCUUGGCGGACGGUUCGAGCAACGAUCGAUCGCUCGGAAAGAAACCAAACGACUUGCUGCGAACAAAUGGACGCAUCUAGUGCAUAGUUCAAUCAGAGAAAAAGGAUAAAGGCUUACCUGCCCAUCGACGGGUCGCGUGCGUCCGAUUGAUCCAGAAACAUCGUUCCGUAAGGGGAGUCUAAUGCACGGAAAAUGUGGUUACGCGAUGCGGAGGAUCGAUCUCGAUCCGGAUCCGGAUUAUCCGUUUCCGUCGUAUCUUGAACGAAAUCGAGAGAAUCUGUUGAACAAAGGAGACAACGAAAGGGAAAGAAAAGAAA